AUGGCUGACCAUCUGGUGGACCAUCUUCAAUGUCCCACCUGUCUGGACAUCUUCAAAGAUCCUGUCAUUCUUCCAUGCAGUCACAGCUUCUGCCGUGCCUGUCUGCAGCAUUGGAAGGACAAAGGAGAAAGAUCGUGUCCAAUUUGUAGGACAGAGUUUAGAUCGCUGGAUCCCCCUGUAAACUUGGCAUUGAAGAAUUUGUGUGAGAACCUUUCACGAGCCUCAGUCAAGUCCGAAGACAUCUGCAGCUUGCAUGAGGAGAAAUUUCAACUCUUCUGUUUGGACCACCAGGAGCUUGUGUGUCUCGUUUGCAGAGAUGCCGAAAUCCACAUUGGUCAUACGUUCCGGCCCCUCAAAGAAGUUGUGAAAGCUCAUCAUGAGGAACUCCAGAAAGGCCUGCAGAAGGCCAGGGAAAGACUCCAAGAUUACAACGACUGUCAAGAGAACUGCAUUGAACAGGCAGAGUACAUCAAAGUCCAGAGGGAGGAUGUUGAAUGUAUGAUUAAAAAGGAUUUUGAGGAGCUCCGUCGUUUCCUCGAUGUCGAGGAGGAGGCUCGGUUGGCUGCGGUCAGGGAGGAAGAGCAAAAGAAGAGUAAGAUGAUGAAGGAGAAGAUUGUGGUUCUUGGCCAACAAAUGACCGUUCUCUCAGAUGUCAUCAGGAGCACUGAGGAGCAGCUGGCGUCUGGUAAUGUUUCUUUCAUGAUGAAAUUCAAGACUGCGAUGAGUAGAAUCCAGGAGCUGCCUGAAAAGCCGCAGCUGCUGCCAGGAGGUCUGCUGGACGAAGCCAAACACGUGGGCAACCUCAAAUUUAAGGUGUGGGACCAGAUGAAGGAGACACUCGCCUACAGUCCCGUCAUUCUGGACCCCAACACGGCCAAUCCAAGAAUCGGUCUGUCUGAAGAUCUGACCAGUCUUAGAUGGGUAGACGUACAGCAGGAGCUUCCAAAGAAUCCACAGAGGUUCCAGACGUCUUUGUGUGUGCUGGUUGGUGCUUUGGACUCGAGACACGUGUGGGACGUUGAGGUGGGAGACAACAAUAACUGGUCAGUGGGGAUCCUUGAUGGAGACCCUUGUUUGCCAGAUGAAAUGUCUGGUUGGUUUAUUGGAUUUUGUGAUGGUAAAUACAAAAAGCCCGGUGGCAAAUAUGGAGAAUGGAAUCCGCCGGUCAAAGUGCAGAGGAUCCGAGUUGAAGUGGACAUGAAUGAGAGGUCAUUGUCCUUCUCUGAAACACUGACAAGCACCGAAUUGUGGAACACUAAGAAGUCUUCCAAUUGGCCAGACUUGUCAGGGUCUACGCCGUCGCUACUCCAUCACCGCAACGUGAAAGCCAUGAAGGCAGAAGAACCUUUGUUUUUGAGAAUAAAGUUUUUGUCUGAACUCCGCAGCCGAGUCCGCCACGUCAUUUCGGCUUGA